AUGGCGCUUGCUCCAGAAGCGAGCCGCUUGCCUGAGGCAUGGGACUCUCCUGGGGGCCACAUAGCCACCUGCGUGUUAUCAACCCAGCAACAGUUGUGGGAGCAGCAGCAGCAGCAGCAGCAGCAGCGGCGGGACUAUCAGAUAUUGCAGCAGAGUCAACAGCAGCAGCAACAGCAGCAGCAGCAGCAGCAAAGUCUGCGACACAAUCAGCACAGAGUACCGCUCCUGCAGCAAGACAAACAGGGGCGACGGCGGCCUGUGUCUGUCGCAGCGGCGUCCCUGCCGAGGCCCGCCGCCGCGCACCCUACAUAUAUUCCUGGGUAUUCCGAAAUGUGUCUGGCUGCUGCAUUUGGGCCGGACAGCGGAAAUGGAAUACCACCAGGGGCUGGGGGGCCCCACGGGUCCGUCUGGACGGCGUUUGAGGCCUCUCUGAUGCUGGAUGUGCAGGCGCUGCUGGAGGUGCAGCACCGCAGCAAGACACAGAACGGGCCGGAGCUGCGGCGGCUGCGUUCUUCUCGAGACGCGCCUCCGCACAAGAGGCUGGAGUUGAUAGGGGACACAGCGGCCCACUGGACCCGCCAGGAGCUCACGCGAGAUGACCAGUGGUGCUGCCCCUGUGCCCAGUCCACCAUGGCGGCUGGGCGCAGAGAGAAGAAGAGAGAGCACAGUCGUUUUCUCCUCUUUGACGACGACGGCGAGGAGCCGCUGCCCAUGAACUUGAAGGCCAAGGCGCGAGCUGCUGCUGCAGCAGCAGCGCGCAAAGAAGCAGCCACUGCCACCGCCACUUCCGAAGGACCCAGAAUGGAAGAUGAAGCUCCAGUCUGCCCUCCCGAAGAAUGGCCAUUGGACUCACCUCUAGAGGACGCUUUAGGGGGAGAGCAAAGGGCCGGUGUGGCGGCUCGCGCUGCUGCUGCGGGCGCCUCUGCUGCAAGCAGCAGCAGCGACCCCGCCAGCAGCAGCGGGAGCAGCAAGGCCAGGGAGCAAGAGGACUCAAUGAAAAGCAAGAGGCAGGUGGAGUAUCAGGCGGCAGUUCGCAUGUCUGCGUUGUGUCUUUCUUCGGGCAAGCAGGCCCUCAGUUGCUGGAGUCUGAAGGGAAGGCAGUCGGAGAUUUCCAGAGCAAUUGAUUUUUGGUUUGUUUACCUCUGCAGACAGCCACAGGCGCUCGCCGUGCUGGAGAGGGUAAACUUAGCAGCGGGAACUUUGGGCUCGCUGCUGCUGGCCCCUUUGUGGUUGCAGCGGCCGCUCGCCUUUGGCAGCAACGUCGCCAGUUCUUGCUGUGCUAGUGCGAACUGCAGCAGCAGCAGCACAAAGCAACGAACAGCAGACUGCGCAGCCGCAGGGGCUGCUACUGCAGCGGCAGCGGCACCAGUCGCUGCUGCCGCUGAAGCAACUGCUGCCACAAAGAAGAGCAGGCACAAAGAGCGCAGAAAAUAUUGGUGGGAUGGAAGCAGUCUCAUCUCCCAAGGCUUCAUCUGCCCUCCAGAAGCAUUUUUUCUGUAG